UUCGCCACUUGAACUCAUUUUGCAGAAAGUUGUUGAUAUUAAUUCUGUUGCUAAGUGUAAACCAUUAAUCACGUGACUGAUAUUUGGAACAUUUUGAUGUGUGUAUUUCCUUUUCCGGUUACUUCUAAACAUGGCGGACUCGAAGGACAAAGAUAAGGAGAAGAACCCCAUGCGAGAGUUGCGUAUUGUUAAACUUUGUCUUAACAUCUGUGUAGGAGAGUCCGGCGAUAGAUUGACCCGUGCUGCAAAGGUGCUUGAACAGCUUACUGGUCAGACCCCUGUCUUCUCAAAAGCCCGUUACACUGUGAGAUCAUUUGGUAUCCGAAGAAAUGAGAAAAUUGCUGUGCAUUGUACUGUACGAGGGGCCAAGGCCGAGGAGAUUCUGGAGAGAGGUUUGAAGGUACGUGAAUACGAAUUGAGAAAAAACAACUUCUCAGAAUCUGGAAACUUUGGCUUUGGAAUUCAGGAACACAUUGAUUUGGGAAUUAAAUACGACCCAGGAAUUGGAAUCUACGGAAUGGAUUUCUAUGUUGUUUUAGGUCGCCCAGGAUUCAAUAUCUCACAAAGAAGAAAAAGACACAGCAAAGUUGGUAUUAAACACAGAGUAACAAAAGAACAGUCCAUGAAGUGGUUCCAACAGAAGUAUGAUGGUAUCAUUCUUCCUGGAAAAUAAACUGUUAUUACUUUGUAAAUUACAUCAAAUAAACCGGCUU